AUGAUUAUGUGUGACAAUGUUUUAUCUAGCUCACUGGACAGUGAGAUCCUAACUGGAGAUGAAGAAAAUCUGGCUGACAAUUACAACCAUCCCAUUGAAGGUCUAAUUUAUACACCAUGUAACAUACCAGGCCCAGGAGCUAAUAUUGAAGACUUUGAAACACAAUAUGCUGUGGGAUGCAGCUGCAGAAAUGGUAUUUGUGUUUCAGAAUUGGAUUGUGAAUGUAUAAGAUCUUACAACAGAAGCUAUGAUGGAAACGGGUGCUUGUUGCCAGAGAGGAUUGUUGGUUGUAUUAUGGAGUGCAACUCCUUGUGUCUUUGUGGACAUCAGUCCAGAUGUGGAAAUAGAAUUUGUCAACAUGGUCCAGCGGAUGGGCUAGAGAUAUGUAUGACAGGUAAUGGGAAAGGUAUGGGACUCAGGACAACAAAGAAAAUUGCUGUAGGUUCAUUUAUCUGUGAAUAUGCUGGAGAAAUAAUAGGAAUAGAGGAAGCAAAACGUAGAGCACAGUCACAAAGUGACAGUGACAUGAACUAUAUAUUUGUUUUGAAUGAACAUUUAGCCAAUGGUAAUUUGUUAAAAACCUGUGUUGAUCCUACAGUGAUUGGAAACAUUGGUCGUUAUAUCAAUCAUUCUUGUCAGCCGAAUUCAGUUGUCAUCCCAGUGAGAACAAACACGCUAAUUCCUAAAAUUGGUAUCUUUGCUGCAAGUGUGAUACAGCCUGGUGAAGAAAUAACAUUUGAUUAUGGAGGUAACAGCAGUGCUGAAUGUAAUGUAAAGAGCAACAAACUUUGCCUUUGUGGUUCUACCAAUUGUAAAAAGUAUCUUCCAUAUGAUGCUUUGUUGUAUUUAGAGUGAAAAUGUAAUAUACAUACACUUAUGUGAAUUUAAGUUUUAAAUGUAGUUCAUUAGAUCAUUAAGAAUGAGGGAAUAUACUGUUAUUGUAAUGUGUUAAGAUUGUUGACAGUUUCAGUGUAUCUCUGGAAUAAUGGUGCAAACUGCUGCUACUGUUAAAUAUGAAGUAUCAGUUAAUUCAAACUUGUAUAAUAGAGUAUGGCAGCUCUUUUUUUAUAUAAAAUAGUCAUGAAGCUAUAUUUUAUAUACAUGUACAAUGAAUGAAUGGUCUUUUAUUUUA